AAUCACCACGGUUACAAUGCCUCCACCAAUCCGGACAAAAUGACGCCGAGUCGAUCGCAAUGCCCCCUGCAGCCAAAAGAUGUCAGCUACAACUUUCUCACGGAGAGCGCCCUCGAGCGACGGGGUGAGCACAUUGCUAGUGAUCAUCGACCAAACCGAAUCGUUGAAAGCGUCUACGUGGAGAAGCAUGAGAGGCCAACGUUAUAUCGGGCACAUUCUAUGAACCGGCCUGUGACGUCCAAGGCCAAUACUGAAACCAUCCCCAAACCAGAACUGCAGCACCGACCACUCUACAGAAAGAGAAUCUUUAAGAAGAAGAAGAGGAUGCAGUCCUAUGAGCUUUUGCUUUGGAAUCUAUUUUACUUCUCUAAGGACCGUUCCGCUGGUCUGUAA